AAGCUAUAACACCGAUAGCGACUAGAACAAUACGAUAUGUAUAAGAAUACGAAAAAUUAAAAUAUCCAUUUAAUGUUAUUUAAAGUCAAUGUCAUGUCAUUAUGGGCAUUCUUAUAAAAGGUCACAUAUGGUAGUUUAGUAAGAAAAUAAACUUUGUAGGUAUUUUCCGACUGAAUAAAAUAAAUGUUGGUAUAAAUUAUUUUUACUUAUGAUGCUGAUCAUCAGUAAUUUUUCAAUGAUAUUGGGGCGCGUUAAGAUUUGGUAAUGGCGUCCACUAACCAAUCGAAGACUUCAGCCCCUUCGGGUGUUGGGACUUCUUCCGAUGACAGAACAAAAUAUUGUGUAUAUAACAAUCCAGAGUCGGAAUCUAAUUCCAGCUCUAUUUUAUCAUCCAUCGGUAGCGUUUUAGUUAUUGUCAGUACCGCUCUGAUAUUUUUCGCCGCUGCCCGGAACUCCAUUACUUGGUAUUGCCAACGGUUCUGGGGAGCUUCAGGGGAUUUUUGGCAGGCUCAGUGGAAUAAAUUUCUCAACGUCGCGGGCGAGGAUCCUUAUUAUUUGUGGGUAUUCGGCACCACCGCACUAACGAUCAUCGUUUACUGGAUUUUCGGUGGGAUUUACACUUUCUUGGACGUGACCAACAAACCUGCCGCUCUCCGACGAUACAAAAUUCAACCGGGCACCAACGAGCCUGUGGACACUAAAAAACUUUUAGAGGUGAUAUCUUGCGUGAUCAUAAAUCAAACUCUAGUAGGUUUGCCGUCCUCAUUCGUGAUGUAUUGGGCGAUGCGAUGGCGAGGAUUUCCCGAAAUAAGGGAAUUGCCGACAUUCCACUGGGUGCUUUACGAAUUGGCCAUUCAUAUUUUAACGGAAGAGGCUGCUUUUUAUUACUCUCAUAGACUGUUACAUAGUCGACAUAUCUACAAAUACAUCCACAAACGGCACCACGAAUGGACAGCUCCGAUAGCGGUGACUGCCAUCUACUCGCAUCCGGUGGAGCAUAUUUUUUCAAACCUAGUACCACCUUUCUUAGGGGUCUUCAUUAUGGGCUCCCAUGUGGCAACGGCGUGGUUAUGGUUUACCCUGGCAAUUUUGUCAACUUUAAACGCCCACUCGGGUUAUCAUUUACCCUUCUUUCCAUCUCCAGAGGCUCACGAUUUUCACCAUUUAAAAUUCAACAAUUGUUUUGGGGUAUUGGGUGUUCUGGACCGUAUCCAUGGAACGGACAAGCAUUUCAGGCAAACGACUGCCUAUGUGAGGCAUAUAAUGAUGUUAAGUUUCAUACCACCGAGGGACGCUUUUCCGGACAGCAAGCCUUGGCUGUACGGUAAAUUCUAAUAUGUAUUUGUCUGUUAGUCAUACACAUUAAAAUGUGAAUAUUUUUUGUGAUUUUUGAUUGACCAUAAAUUUUUUCAUAGGAGGUUCAAGUAGGUAUUAAUAAUCAUUUGUAUAGACGUGACCCGAUUUGUUUUUCACAAUAACUAAUAUUUUAUAAUUCUGUAGCUUUACUCUGUUAUACUUAUACAGUUUAUAAAAGGACCAUACUAAAUAAUAUAACAAUACACUUUAAA